CAAGCCCUCGCGCACAUGAGAAGCUUGCUGUGUGGAGCUGACUUUAGUAGUUGGAGAACGCAGCUGAAAGAAGCACAUUCAUUAAGACAGAGGAGCGAUUCUUACACGAAUGUUCAAGAUGUGAUCAUUCCACUUCUACAUUCUGUCUGGAGAUACAGUUGAACAUUCAGUAGCAUGCAAGCAAAUUCACAACAUUCAGGACAACUGCGAAAUGUGCAUGGAGAAGCAACUACACCUGGAGAAGGAAUGAGCCAGAACUUUUACCAGCUAUGUUUACCACUUCACACUGGAAGUCCUUCAUAUACUGGACAAACUGCCACUGGAAAUUACUUAACCUGCACAAUUCAAUCGGCAACCAGUGACCAGAAUUUGGCUAGUGGCGUUCAAGCUACAAAAGGCACAGAGCUUGCACAAGAAAAUCUGCUUAAUUCAAAUCAUACGUUGUCGACAGGAAAACAGGACUCCCAAAUUAUUUUGUGGAACAUGCCCUCUAAUUGCCAGAUAUUCCUACCAUUUAACAACACAAAUCUACAAGGUGCUCCCAACAAAAAUGGGCUAAACAUGUCACAUUGUGCCUUUAACUCAACUAACAUGUUAUACAUGCAACAGCAACCUGCCUUGUCAGCAGUUGGUCCAAAUAAUUCGCAACAAUUAAAAAGAAUAGAUACUCAAAGUCUUCAUGAAGGUAGAAUAAAUGUGAACACAAGCAACUUGAAUAGCAGGCAGCACUAUGCAAAUGCUCCUACUAAUUUGCCAAUAGACUCCUCAAAAAAAAGGACAAGCUUGCCACCUGACCUAAAUUAUUGUUCUCCAACUGAAAAUGCACAUCAUGGCCAAAGUAGUUUGUUUGGUGGAUACCUUUGCAAGUUGCUGUUUACUGAGAAAUCAAGUAAUGAUAACGUGCAAAUGCUUUCUACCUGUGCACAGAACCUGCAACCAAUUAAUGCUGCUCAGAGAGCUGUUGCCGUUGUCCCGCCAUUGUCUCCGAUAGGAACAGCACCUGUUAUUGUGUUGGACAAAUCUGAUAAUGUGAAAAUGAAUGUAAGCCCUAUGCAAGAGACUGUACACCAUCAACCAAAUAUUCCAGAUCCUCUGGUGACCAACACUAAUCUGAUGUACCAAACGGGAGAACCAAAUGAUCUAACAAGUAAGCAUCAACGAUCAAAUUCUGCAGAGCCAAGGCUGAAUGAAGGCCCUUUCAAUGUAGUUGGAGCCAAGAGUCCAGUUUUGGCUAAUGAAUCAACUAACCAAAGUCUCAGUUCAUGUUCCCCAAACCUGAAGUCUGUGGUAUCAGAGCAAAAUGAGUCUGUUCCAGCUCAAAUGCAAAAUGAACCUAUUGAAAAGACAAAUAAAAACUGUACGGUCAUGGACAAGAAAACAAUUGACCCGGACACUGUUCCUUUUAUUGAAUGGCCAUUAGAUCGAUUGCAGACCUUAAUGGCCGUGAUUCAGCAAUUGGAAAAUGGGGAUCAGAAGAACAUCCACAAAACUGAUCCUGGGAAGGAUAUCUUAAAGCUUUACUGGAAUGGGGAUACUCGCAAGUUUUCUGAAGCUGUAGAAAGCGGCAUAUAUCAAAGCAUAAUGGAAGAAGUUUAUAUUUACUCUCCAAUGAACGAGCCUGUGAUACUGAGGCAGAUUGUAAAUGAUGCGCGUAGCAAAGUCAUUGAGAAUUUUCAAGUUUUAAAACACAACGAAGCACCACUGAAGAUGACGUACACGUCAUCCUGGUUGAAUCUUAAUGAAAACGUUGAUGACAUCGACAAGGAAUGUGGUUAUUCUUGGUUCUAUAAGUCUUUUCAAAAUCUCCCCGAACACGAAGCACAAAACUCUGCAUUUGAAGCUCCAGGCAAAUUGCAAGAAGCCACUGAAAAGCCAUCAUUGACUGGGACUAAACAAUUACCAUCAGCAGUGGAGAACAAAGUACAAGCAGACGAACCAACGUCAACCAAUGAGAGUCUACAUGAAAACAUACCGGUUUCAUUUAAUGGACCAUCUCCACCUGUGGCUAACAUCUGCUCACCGAAGCAUAAUUGUCAGGUUACAGAACAAACCAACAGUCAACCAGUUACUACAAAUUUUCUGGAGGCCAUGGUGGAUUUGGAUGAACAAGGUGUCCCUACUGGAAAGUCAAGUUUGGAUAACCAAUUUGGAACCAAGAGUGUUGUGUUGCCCAAAUCAACUAGCCAAAGUGACAAUACAAACUCUACAAAGCCCGUUCAUGUGGUUUCAGAACAACAGGAGAUUGUGUUAUCUUCUCAAAUGCAAGUUGGAUCCAGUCAAAAAAUGCUUCAUGACUGUGCCGUUCUUGAUAAAAAUGUAAGGUGUAAGACCACGCCAAAACCUAGUCAAGAAACUGCUGUGCACUUGAACGAAGUGGAGACUAACAAGAUGGAUGCUUCAGUCACGAAGAUGAACGUUCCUUCUCAUGAAAUGGCUAGACAGUGCUUUGCUAAUGAGAUGAAAGGACAUCAAGUCAUUGCUGCAUUUCCAGACAAGCAUGAUGCACCCUUAAUGAACACAUCAGAACAGUGUAAAUCAUCUCUAGCUGAACAUAAUCUGAAUACAGACAAAGUACAAGAAGAACAAAUCUCCUCAAAGAAAAAUAUGUAUGUUGAGAUUUGUGAAGAAUCUCCUGUUCCCACGAAUGCUCAGUCUCCAUCAGUGAUUGAUAACGGCCUUCCGAAGCUUAAUGAACAACCACCAAAUACUGUUAAUCCACUGAAGGGCAUGACAAAUCUGGUGAGGACACUGAAAAAACGAAAUGUUUCAUUAAUAAAGUAUAAAAAAUUAUUUGAGAAGCAUGGUGGUUUUAAAAAGCAUAAACUGUCAUCUAGAACAUCAAAACUGGUCACCAGUUUUGGCAGCCGUGUUGGAGCCCAGAGUCCAAUUUUGAUUGAGGACUCAUCCAGCCAAAGUGACUGUUCAAUCGAAGAACCGACGCUUAAUCCUGUGGUUGAAAAACAGCUGUUUGUUCCAUUACCCCAAGUGCAAAAUGAAUCCAGUGAAAUGAUGCUUAACAGUAAAAUUGAUAAGACCCUAAGAUGUGAGACUGAUCCAAAACCUUGUCAAGAACUUUCCAUACAAAUCAGUGAUGAGCCGUUUGAUGAGAUGGAUGCUUCGUCUUCUUUUAAGCUUGAUGUUCUCACUCAAGAAGUGGCUAAACAAUGUUUUGCUGAAAAUAAAGACAUUGCUCCAACACCAAAGAAUCUAAUAUUAAGGCUGGAUGACCCUCUUUGUAAUCAAACCAAAAGUCCAGGGUUGGCUGAUGGAUCCACCAGGCAAAUUGACUAUGGAAGUCCGCCAAAACUUUAUCCUGUGCUCAAAGGACCAUCUCAAAUCCGAAAUGAAUCUGAUGAAGAAAUGCCUGAAAUUGACUGUGUACUCACAGAUGACUGUGUGAGAUGUGAGACCGAUCCAAAACCCAGUCAAGAACUUUCUAUAAACAUGAAUGAAGAGGAGCUUGUUGAGAUGGAUGCUUUAGCUUCUAUUAAGAUUAAUGUUCUCCCUUAUGAAGUGGCUAUGCAAUGCUUUGCUGAUCAGAUGAUGGGAGAUAAGGACAUUGCUGCACCACCAGAGACGAUACAAAAGGCCUGUUUGUUGAUUUCACGCACAGACACUGUAUCAACAAAAGAAGAGAUAAUAAUGAGGAGGUUGGUAGGGACUGAUGGAGCAAAAAGUCCAAUGAGCCAAAGUAUUUCUGCGACUCCACCAAAACUUGAUCCUGUGAUUAAGGAACCAUCUCAAGUGCAAAAUAAAUCCAAGGACGAAAUGCCUGACAUUCACUGUAUGCUCACAGAUGAGAGCGUGAGAUGCGAGACUGAUCCAAAGCCUAGUCAAGAACUUCCUGUUAACAUCAAUGAAGAGGAGACUGAGAAGAUUGACUGUUUAGACUCUAUUAAGAUCGAUGUUUUCCCUCAAGAAAUGGCGGCGCUUUGGUUUGCUGGCGAGACCAAAGACAAGGACUUGCUCAAAGACACUUCAGUUCAUAAUUCCACUGAGGACCAGGUAAAGGUUCAAGUUCUGGAACUCAAGUCUGAAAAAGAAGUGCUCCUAGAAGAUGUGAAGCCAGAAGAGAGGAAAUAUCCAAGUUCUGGUGGUGUACAGUUGGAGUCUUUCUGUUGUCUUGCUAAAUGGUUUCAAACUUUAGAAUCUGGAAAUGGCUCGUUGUGCGUGUGCCAGAUAAAAGCCGAGUCGAGGGAGAAUGAGAUUAAAAUUGAGGCCCACAGCACAAGUUUAGAGGUGCGGGAUGAAAAAGACAGUCCAGGUGAAUCUGAACAGGUGGACAUGAAUGCUGCUGCUCUGGAAAGAACAGAUGAUUCUGAAGCCACAGAUGAUUCUGAUUAUGAAUACCCACUGCUGCAUGAUCCUACUACAGACAAGACAAAGAUUACGAAGGAUAUAUUAAGUUCUGAAGAGGUCUCUAAGCCAGAGACUGAAACUUCAGAGCAGAAAAGAAAGGAAUCGCCCACAAAAUGUGCAACAAACAUGACUCCUAUGAAUGAGAUUGAGCAAGGCACCCCAGCUCCUGAUUUGGAGACUACCACUGUAUGUCUUGCACUGUAUGGGUCGUCUUCUGAAAAAGGAAACCAACUAAAGCUAAUUAAAAGAUUCAAAGAGAAAUCAAUUUGUGAAGAACCCCGGAAAACUCUUCAAGUUAUCGUAAGCUCUCACCAGAAGUUUAAAAACAACAGCAGGUCAAAGAAGCGCAAAUUUGUGGAAUCAGAAGAUGAAGAUGCUACUGACAGGAAAGCGCGCUUACAAAGAGCAUCCUUGCAAAAUCUGGUUCAGCGUAAAUCCUUGCCCUCGCAUCCGCAUCCGGUUUCUGGACUCCGCAAAAAUAGACUUUCAUCUACCUCAUUCAGAAAACUGCUCAGUCAAAGUGCUAAUGUGCAAGGGCUAAUGCGAAAGAGACAGCAUAAGCAUACAACGCAACAAAUUUCAAUGAAUAAAUAUAUAGUUAGAGGGAAGACUGUGCCAUCCAAUUUAUUGCAUUCACCCGAUAAUGUGAAGAAAAGUAAAUAUGAGUUGGGGAACCCUGCUUUGAUGCCAUUGGAUGAGGGUCCUACUUUGGAGUUCAAAGUAUUGCCAGAGACUUUUAGCUUGGAAGACGGAGCUGAACUUAAUGGCGCUCAAGCCGACACAUCACAGACUUUGCAAAAUGAGACGUCAGGCAAGGAAGACAAAGCCAAAAGGAUGAAAACUAGCCAUGUGCCAACCCAAGGUGUCUGGAGUUUCAGUCCCUUGAAGAAAAAGUGCACUCAACCCAUCGAGGACACUGACGUCUCGGACUCAUGUAGCCUCUUCCAAGAGUUCAAAAAGAAAUAUCAAGAAAAGAAGGAUGUUGCCUCCAAGCAGAACCAAUAACAGUGAAAGAGCUUGAUUUAUUUUAUUUUUUCUUCUAUUAAAGUGAAAGCAAAUGGGCUUAUUUUGUCAUGUGUUUAAUUCCUGUGAAUGUUAAACCUAAACUGAUACGAUAUGCAAGUGUUCAAAUACAUUUUUACUGUUUACUUGAACUUAAUUAUUUGUUUUGUUAUAAAUGCAUCAUUUGCACAGCUCAUCCAGUUCAACAGCUGCUAGUCAUCCAGUAUUUGUUUACCAGUUUUAUGCAAUAACUACAAUUGAGAAACCUCUUUGUCAUGAAAGUAAUUUUUUCCCUCUGUAUAUUAGUGUUUUCUUUUUUUGAUUACACUGGUUUGUAAAAAUGUGACAGUCUAUUUUUGUACGAUUUUAUAAGAUAUUUU